GCAGAGCUCACACGUUCACGUCAUAUCACCAGACAUAUAACCAAAACCAUGGCUACAAUGGAUGAUUUCUUCCAUAAAGUGCAGCGAAAGCAUCCCACGAUUCAUGACGACCUACGGGAAAUUUUCAAAAACUCCCAGAGCGACUCGCCACAGCGGUCUAUUACCCUAUCUCAAAUACGUGCUGCCUACAGUCAACGAACUGGCGAGGAUUUCCCCGUGAAGGGAAGCACGCGAACCCAAAUGUGUUUUGUCCUGACAAUCCCCUAUAUCGCCUGCUUUACCAGUCGAAUUGGCACAUUGCGAUUUUUCACCUUCGAAGCGAGCCAGGAAUAAGGGAGCGUAUACCAACCGCAUCUAGUCUUACCCGUGCAAUUUCUGUAUACCUAUAUAUAAUGCAAUAUAUAAAUAAUGCAACAUUUAUAA